AUGUCUAGGAUAGUGGAAGUUAGAGUUGGAAUGAGUUUACUAGAGCUGAAGACGGCUGUAGUGAAGGAGUUCUUCCCCGAGGCUGUGGAUUCUGUUGAAGCUUCUUUGAGUUACUGGCCUCCGAACACGACAGAGUUGGCAACAGGGAUUACGACACCCCCUGUUUUGGUAACAAAUAACAGAGCAGUUGUGUUUUUCUUCAGACAUUUCAUGGUAAAGGGCUCUGCUUCUGAGAGACUUAGGUCGAAGACUUCUUUCGUUGGGGGCCAAAACAUUUCUAGAGACAAUGAGGGAGCAAUUCCCGGGCCACUGUCUAAGCGGCGGUUAUGUGGAAGUUCUUCCGGUAGCCAGGCGCACAAUGGUGGUGCGCAGAGAGUAGGUUCUUACGCUGUCCCUUUCGACCUGGAUGAGGUAGAAAUUUUAAAGGUGGUGGAGACGGCAGAGGAGAAAUACUUCAGUGAGAAGGUUAUUAGAAGGAGCAAAAGUUCUAGCCUGGGUACUGAUGAUUCGGAUUCGAAAGAUUAUUGUGGGGAAUUAGAGGACGAUCGCGAGAGAGAAGUGUUGUGUAGCACGAACGAUGCGUUUGACCAUCGCGUGCGAGUUGGUGGCGAUCUUUAUCGCGACGAUAUGUUUAAAAAGGAAGCGUCUCCGUUUACGUUUUCCGGUACCGCUGGUGACGGUUCUGGAGGUGAAGGCUCCUCUGCUAAUCGGGACCCGUUUGUGCCUUUAGACGGUGGUCAAACUCCACAUGGCCAUGGUGUGGGCGAGGAAGAAGUGCAUGGACAGUUUAAUGGUGGUCAGGGCGAUUGUGGUUACAAAGGUAGUGGUCAGUUUUCUGGGUGUCACAUGGAAGAAGUGAGAGGAAGUCGACUUAACGAAAUCACGGACUGGAGAUGCCAAGUGGUUGGACCUUCUGGGGAGCAAAAUUCAGUUAAUAUGACUGACCGUAAGUGUUCAUGUAAGAAAUAUGAUCGUUUGAAGAUACCAUGCGGGCACGGCCUGCUCGUGGGUGAUAGCUUAGGACUACUUCCUAGCACUUUAGUCGGGGCGACAUAUAGGGUAGGUAACUGGCGAGAGACGUAUGCAGGUGUUAUCAGCCCAAUUAUUAGCAAGGGGGAUGAAGAAGUUCCGGCUGAGAUUAGCAAGCUUGUUCUGCUUCCUCCAAGAAGCCGACGCGGUGCGGGAAGAAGGAAGACUGAGAGAAUUCCUUCCGUCGGGGAGAUGCCUGUGGCUCUUGUUAAGAAGGAAGUCCCGAAUAGGUGUUCUAAAUGCUUACAGCCUAGGCAUAACAGGACUAGCUGUAUGAAGCAAAAGUGA